AUGGCGACCGAAGUCACCCCCCUCGCCCCCGUCAAACUCCCCGCCGGUCCCUCGCCCCUAACCCCCGAGCAAAAAUACUGGCGCACAUUCACCUCGCAGCUUCUGCUGCCAACACCGCACAGCUCGCCCGUAACCCACAUCUCCUUCCCCCCCCCUCCAUCCUCCACGUCCCUCACCCCCGCCUCCGAAACCUUCGCCAUAACCGCCGGCUCCCGCAUCCAAAUCUUCUCCUCCCGCACGCGCAAACUCCUCAAAACAAUCUCGCGCUUCGGCGCCGACGACGCCGCGCACAGCGGGACGAUACGGCGGGAUGGCCGCGUGUUGCUUGCCGGGGAGGACAGUGGGGCUAUCCAGGCCUUCGACGUGAACAGCCGCGCUAUCCUCAAGACGUGGAGGGAACAUCGGCAGCCUGUGUGGCGCGUCGCGUGGAGUCCGAUAGAGCUGACGGGGCUGAUGUCGUGUUCGGACGACGCGACGGUUAGGCUGUGGGAUCUGCCGUCUGAUGCGAGCGUCCAGACGUUUGCGGGCCAUACGGACUAUGUGCGCGCGGGGGCGUGGAUGCCGGAUCAGUCGUCCGGGCUGCUCGUCUCAGGGUCCUACGACACGACGGUGCGGUUGUGGGACCCCCGGAUCUCAGGCGCGAGAGGCAGCGUCAUGACGUUCAAGCACGCGGCGCCAGUCGAGGCCGUCCUGCCGAUGCCGGGCGGGACGACGCUGGUCGCGGCAGCGGACAAUGUAGUUUCGGUGCUGGAUCUGGUCGCGGCGCGGCCGCGGCAGUUGCUCAGGAAUCACCAGAAGACGGUCACGAGCUUGAGCCUUGCGGGUGGGGGGAGCAGGAUCGUGUCUGCGGGGCUGGAUGGGCAUGUUAAGGUGUUUGAGACGGAGGGGUGGAAUGUUGUUGCGGGGCUCAAGUAUCAAAGUCCGAUUUUGAGCAUGAGUGUGGUCGGAAGUGGGGCGGGGAGGGAGGAUAAGCAUUUGGUGGUGGGCAUGCAGUCGGGAUUGCUGAGUAUCAGGACGAGGCUGAGCGGGAAGGAGAAAGUCGCGGCGAGGGAGCGGCAGAAGGAGAUGCAGGCGCUGGUUGAGGGACGGAUUGAGGAAUAUGACAAGAAGCAGGGCAAGAAGCGCGGAAGGGGUUGGGACAAGGCAAUGCGAGGCAAAGAUUACACGGGCGAAGGCGCGGAUAUCGUCAUCAAUGGCAACGACAGAGGCAAGAUCAAGAACAGCAGCAAGUGGGAGACGGCGCUUCGGAAGGGCAAGUACGAUCUGGCGCUAGAUCUAACAGCAUCCCGAACAUCAAGACAAGACAUCUUAACCCUCCUAACCGCCCUCCGACACCGCUCCGCUCUCCGCACAGCCCUCGAAGGUAGGAACGAGCAGACACUACAGCCGGUACUAAAGUGGCUGAAUCGCAAUCUCGAGGAUCCACGCAUCGUCAAGCUGACCACUGAUGUGGCGUUCCUGCUCUUAGACAUCUAUGGCGAGCAGAUGGGUCAAAGCGAAGAGGUGGAUAGGCUGGUGGAGCGGCUGCAUCAGACUGUUAGACGGGCGACGGAAUGGAGUCAGCAGGCGUGGUGCACGAAGGGGAUGCUGGAGAUGUUGAUGGCGGGUGGUUGA